CCCUCCACUACAUCCACCCAUACUCAAGAUUCUAAUGACCAUCGUGCGCAAGCUCCUCAUUCCAGAUCUUUUUACCACGACCCUCCACUGUUGACCACUACUCCUGCUCAUGACGACAACCUGCUGACACCAUGGGCGACGCAUUGCGAACUGAAUACCCGUCCUUGCUGACUUCGCUACAACCGGAACAAGCCAUCACUGUCCUGCAAGACCGUGUCUCGCUGAUAAACAAGGUCAACCAUGAUAUAGCAGAUUGGCUGCUGGAACGACGAAAGGUCGAAGAAGCUUACGUCGCGGGUCUGCGGAAGCUUGCAAAACGCCCACAACAAGAUGGAGCAUCUGCCUUGGGGUAUGUCCCCUCCUCCUUGACCUCUCACCUCGUUCUAAAUCCUCCGCAGCGUCUUCCAGAUGCCAUGGCAGCGUAUCGUCUCCGGGACCGAGAACCUAGCUGCCUCACACGAAUCGCUAGCCGCAAAGAUCGAAACCGAUGUAGAAAGCCCUCUGAGAUCCUUUGGCACCAGGAACCGCGAGUUUCAAGCCUUGAACUCAACUCAGGGGAACCUCGCCUCGAUCGCAAAGGAUCUCAUCAAUGCUCAAAAGAAGGCAGCAAAGGGAAAGACCUCGUCCGCCGAAGCGGCUUCGCAGCAAUGGGAAUCACAGGCCCCAUAUGUUUUUGAGCAACUACAAGCUUUAGACGAGACCCGUGUAAACCACCUUCGAGACAUCCUGACCCAGUUCCAGACCCACGAGUUGGACGCUGUCGAGAAGACAAGAGCGAGCGCAGAGUCGAUUUUGAACGCUCUACUCAACGUUGAGACCGCAGACGAGAUCAAGACUUUUGCAGCAAGAACCGCAACACAACGUGGUGGCAUCACGCGAAGGCGUAGCUCUGCCACUCCAAGCCAAAGACCGACUCCUGGAUCAUCUGCUCUUCGCCCUCCACCAACCCCUCCCCCUCCGCGCCACACCGAUGAUGGACGAAGCCAACGUUCAAACUCCACGGCUGGCCAGGAUAGACUCGGUUCUUUGCCUGAUACUACCCCCCAGAAAGAGAAGAGUCGACUCGGUGGCUUGAAACGCUUAGGCACAGUCAUGGGUCGAAGGAAGAGCACAGUCCCGCCUAUACCUCACUCUUCAAACGAAGAAAAAAGAAAGACCAGAUCCUUUGCACCCUUUAGAAGAGGCGAUUCCAAUCGAAGCUUCCACGAUCUUGAAGAAACCGGUCAAAAUCUGACUCCUAGCUCCACCCAAGAUUACCGCCCUCCCUCUCCUUCGCGAAAUUCCAGGCACGAAGGCUUUUCACAUGAUCGCUCGGAGGAAGCGGCUCUUCCUUUCACCAACGGCACCUCCUCAUCACACCCUCCAACGGCAUUGAGCGAGGAACCUGCCUCACUGCAACCCUCCUUGCAGCCUACUCCAGCCACUGACGUCCAUACCUCAUCGACACAAGACGAAUAUCCCCCAGCCACGCCAGCCAAAGACCACACGGCUCAGGCUCACCAGGACGCUAGCCUAGCUAUCUUGAGUGGGGACGAUUCAGGUCGCAAUUUCCAGAUCCGCGACAAGCCCAUCAAGGAGGACGAGAGCGAGGCUCAGCUCGCCUUGAGCAGCAUGGCCAAUCAAUUGCGCUCCCAAGCGCAAAGUUCUGGCCUCACCAGGGUGCAAGGAAGCGUAAGAGGACGAAGAGAUGUUAGAAACACCAUGUUCGUUCCCAACGAUGCACCCGACCCUACACAAGUGACAGCACGCUCGGGUCCUCCGGUCGCAAUACCUUCAGCGGUUGCAUCCGCAGAGACGAUGCUCGCUUCCCCGAUCCAACGGCCACCGACUGCCGUGCCUUUGAUCCACGAUGACCACGCACUUGCAUCGGACACAACUUCAGUCCACUCAGCCCGAAGCCAAGGCCCCUCACACAACCAUCCGGAGCUGCACGAUCCUGGUCUUAAUGUUUCGAUCCUCGAGACCGUUCAUUCAUGGUUCACAGAAUCAGGAAUCAGCAAAUCUUUUGUAGUUGGCGAGAUAGCAUUGGCUUACACUCCCACUGGCUCUGCAGAUCCCGAGAAAGAAACCAUUCGUUUGCAACACUUUGAGCAACUCGACAAAGUGGCUGUCAAUCCAAUUUACUUGGCACAGACCAAGUUGGAUGGAGGUGCCUCAGCAGAAGAACAAGCAGGCAUCUACACUGUGUCUUUGUCACCCAUCCGGCGGCCGACACCUCUGGUCGGUCUCAAAUACCAGCUUCAUCUGGAAGAAAGCAAUCUCGCUCAGUACAGCCCAGUUUUGUUGACCCCUGCGUGGCAGAUCGUCGAAGGACAAGUCAGUGUCAUUCUAUUGUACAGUCUCAAUCCGGUCUUUGGCAAUGAACCGUUGAACCUCAAGAAUGUGGUCAUUAGCGUGAGCCUCGAUCCGUCAGGCGAAGGCAAGGCGACCUCUGCGAUGAUGGCGCCGUCACAAGGAGCCAGUUUCAAACGGAAAGCAUCCUCGAUCGUGUGGAAAUUCAAUGAUCUGGCAGUCAAGCCUGAGCAAGAAAGACUCCUCGUCCGAUUCAUGACUCAGGGAGGGUUAGCCAAGAAAGGCAGCGUGGAAGUCAAGUUUGAAGUGCCUGGUCGCACUGCGUCAGCCAUUGGGGUUGAGAAAUUGGCGAGCGUAGACAAGGAGAAAGAGACCAGCGAUCCAUUUGCUGAUGAUUCCGGCGAAGGAAGCAGUGCUAGAGGCAGCGCUGAUGUGAAGAGGUGGGAUAUAUUACCCGCCAAGUUGAAGUUGGCCAGUGGGAGAUAUACUGCUAGUUAGUCAAUUUUGCGGAGAAUUCAUGGAUCAUCACAAGCGAGUUCAGUUCAGUUGAGACGAUGCAAACAGUCAUAAUAAGUACCUACCUACCUAUAUUGUCCAAACAUGAUGAAUGUUGAAG